AUGACUCUAGGCUACGGCAUCACUGGACAUUCAAGAGAGCAGCAGUUCGUCAUUUUCUACGGACCUUCAAAUUCAGGGAAGACCAAGCUUCUCGCUCUCGUAAAGGCGGCAAUCCGGCUGUAUUUCUGCACGAUGGACCGCGAUUGCGUCAUCGGGGUUGGCGCAAGGUCAGAAGGCGCCGCUACUCCACAUCUCGUGAAGCUCGAGGGGGCGCACAUUGCAGGUCUGGAAGAGACGAAAGCAGAGGACAUCUACAACGUUGCGAAUGUCAAAUCCAUUGCAUCAGAGAGGUUGGGGCGAGAUGAGAACGGAGAAGAGCUGCACCCAUUGCCAACGGGCCAUGCCUUUCGGGCCGAGCAGGACGUGCUGGCGUGCUACCCGUUUCCCGGCUGGGAGCAGAAACGAGGGUUGCCCUGGUAUAGCAGCUUCGAGCAUCCGGACGGCCGCAGUAAGAGCUCCGAAGAGAACAAGUGCGCAACGGGGAAGUCGAUGACGGAGUGGGAUGCCGAGCACGUUCCCGGAUUGGUGAAGGGGGCCGGAAAGCUCUCGGGGAAGAAGGGAAGCGCAAGUAAGCGGCCAAAGAGGAGCAGGGGGGGCUUUGUGUUUGCGUGCCCCCACAGGUUUCACUUCUCAAAGGCCGGCCAGGAGGUCCACAAGUGCGGUCCCUCAAACUGCCCGGACACCUAUCCUUCGCUUCACUGGGUAAACACUAGUGCGGUGGAGUCGGUGAACUCCUUCUUGAAGGGGUUUCGAAGCCUGGGGUGGUAUUCGGGGCUUGAGAGCUUCAUGGUGAUCCUGCCUUUGCUCCUCGGCGACUACAACCAGACGCUCAAGAGGGUCGACGAUUUCAAGCUUGCGAUUGCAAUAGCAGCAGCCGUGUGGACGGUUGGAGUGCGCACUCGACUGUUGCGAGGAUAG